CCUCCCUCACAAAUCUCACCCAGACCAGACACAGACAAGACAUCUCAUGAAAACAGAAAAACAGAACACCCAACUUCUUCAAAACUGAUCAGACAGCCCCAACAAACACCUCUUCAUUCUCCCAAUUCAGGCAAGAAACCAUAAAGGGAGCUUCGAUCGAUAGGGACAUGUAUAGCUCAUCAGUUUAAUCCUAUAUAUUCCCAUGGCGGCUGCUGCUGUUGCUUCUUCUGUUAAAUCUUCUUCUUCUCCUCCUCCUCUCCCUCGACUGUAGAGAGUAAGAUCAUUAACCGUAUGGCCCGCGAAUCUCCCUCUUCUCCUCCUCCUUUAAACAACUUCCGCCUCCAUCGCCCUUUGUCCUGAACAGACGAGACAAACCUUUCCUUAAAUUCCAUGACAGUAAAUUUGCCUCCUUUAUGCAGAUCCAUUUCUGGGUUCGGCUUAGUUAAACUCAAAUCCGAUGGAUUUCCCCAAUGGUACAUCAGAUCAAGAACUCCUUUCCAGUUCACCGGGCCCCGGUCGGCCUGGUUGUCUCCCCGUCCGGCCCUUCUUCAGCGAGGAUGGUGGUUAUCCUUUUUCUUGGCUAGUAAAGCUGGAAUCGUUGAGUCCCCUGUCGGGAAGGGACAGGAGAGGGAAGAGAAGGGCAGGGAGGGCUUGGUACCAGAGGAGGAGGGUGAAGGCGGUGGUUGCAGUUAUUGGGAUGUUGGCAUGCUUCUUUAUCGUUGACUGGUUGAUGCUUCUGCGCCUACAAGAUCAUAAUAUCGAAAUCGAGGAUUUUGAGGUUAUUGGGAAUUCAUCCUCUUCUUCGUCUAACUCUUCGAAGGUGCCACCUCCGAUUAAGGGGGAACGGAGAAAACUUGGUAAAAAGAUAAAACCGCAGAAAGGUGUCUAUGGGAGGAUGUUGGCUUUGGCUGCCCAUGCCUUGGCAGAGGGACAUAAUAAACCCGAACCAAAAGAUCUGUGGCAAGAGCCGUAUGAUCUAGCUUCUGCAUGGAGACCCUGCUCUGACCAUCGUGACUGGAGACCUAGUGCAGGUGGCAAUAACGGAUACAUAUUGGUCACUGCAAAUGGCGGGAUGAACCAGCAGCGAGUAGCAGUAUGUAAUGCUGUUGCUGUUGCAAGACUGCUCAAUGCAACUCUUGUCAUCCCAAGAUUUUUGUACAGCACUGUUUGGAGAGAUUCAAGUCAAUUCAGCGAUAUCUAUCAGGAGGACUAUUUUAUUAACUACUUGACCCCUGAUAUUCGGAUAGUGAAGGAAUUGCCUGAAGAGCUACAGUCGCUAGAUUUGGAGGCAAUUGGUAGUGUUGUUACAGACGCAGACAUCCCAAAAGAGUCCAAGCCAAGCUUUUAUCUGAAACACAUUCUUCCAAUCCUUAUUCCUAACAGAGUUGUUCACUUCCUCGGUUUCGGAAAUCGCUUGGCUUUUGACCCCAUACCAUUUCAACUGCAGAGACUUCGAUGCAGAUGUAAUUUCCAUGCGCUGCAUUUCAUUCCCAAAAUUCAAGAAACCGCUGCUUUGCUUCUCCAAAGGAUGCGCCGGCAUGUUCACCCUGGGCCGCUAGAUAGACACCUUGUGGGUCCAUAUGCGGAAACAAUCUUGAAAGACAAGGGGUCACGUCCCAUGAAGAAUUCCAGAUACCUCUCCUUGCACUUAAGGUUUGAGAUUGACAUGGUGGCCCAUUCCUUAUGUGAUUUCGGUGGUGGAGAAGAAGAGAGACGAGAACUGGAAGCUUACCGUGAAAUUCAUUUCCCUGCUUUGGUACAACUAAAGGAGACAACUAGGUUGCCUUCUCCAGCAGCUCUGAGGGCAGAAGGUUUGUGCCCUUUAACUCCGGAAGAGGCUGUGCUGAUGUUGGCGGCUCUAGGGUUCCGAAGAAAGACUCAUAUCUUCGUGGCAGGUGCCAAUAUUUAUGGAGGGAGUUCGAGAUUGUCUGCUUUGAAUAGCUUGUACCCUAAUCUAGUCACCAAGGAGAGCCUGCUGUCUGCAACCGAACUCGAGCCUUUCAGAAACUUCUCAUCUCAGUUGGCAGCGUUGGAUUUUAUAGUAUGCGCCGCAUCAGAUGCAUUCGCAAUGACAGACUCGGGUAGUCAGCUUUCCUCUCUGGUCUCGGGCUACCGGAUAUACUUUGGAGGGGGGAAAAUGCCUACAAUUAGGCCAAAUAAAAGGAGGCUGGCAGCUAUCUUCGUGAAGAACUCAACGAUAGAGUGGCGGAUUUUCGAGCAGAGAGUGAGGAAAGCAGCGAGGCAGACCAAACACGUCCAGACGAGGCCGGUGGCUCGGAGCGUUUAUCGGUAUCCGAGGUGUAGACAGUGUAUGUGCAAUGCCGAUCCCUUUGCCAAUUUUAAGCAUUGAAACAUGUCUUUUCGAGAGGGGUUUAUUUGAUUCUUUUAAUUACUUUUGGUGUAAGCAGAUAUUUAUUUAAUUCAAUUCAAUUCGCAGUCUGAUGGCUUCACGAUUUC